CCCUCUUCCUCUAUAUAAUAAUCACGUCCUGAGAGACUGAGAUCGGAACUGAUAGUGAAGAAGAAGAAAGAAGAAAGAGGAAAGAAGAAAGAAGAAAGAAGAAAGAAGAAGAAGAAGAAGAAGAAGAAGAAGAAGAAGAAGAAGAAGAAGAAGAAAAUGGUGUUGACGGUGUAUGCUCCUUUAUACGCUUCUACGAAGAGAGCGCUUGUGACGCUAGUUGAGAAAGGCGUUGACUUCGAGACCGUCAAUGUCGAUCUCUUGAAAGGAGAACAGAGGCAGCCUGAGUAUGUUGCGAUUCAGCCUUUCGGUAAAAUCCCUGUGCUCGUUGACGGAGACUACAAAAUCUUCGAGUCGCGAGCGAUCAUGAGGUACGUAGCAGAGAAAUACAGGUCACAAGGGCCAGACUUGUUGGGGAAGACGAUUGAAGAGAGAGGACAAGUAGAGCAAUGGCUUGACGUGGAGGCAACAAGCUACCACCCACCACUACUUGCUCUAACGCUCAACAUUAUCUUUGCACCGCUCAUGGGUUUUCCUGCUGAUGAGAAAGUUAUAAAGGAGAGUGAAGAGAAGCUUGGAGAAGUGUUUGAUGUCUAUGAAGCACAGCUCUCAAAGACCGAGUACUUGGCUGGUGAUUUUGUGAGUCUUGCUGAUUUGGCUCACCUUCCUUUCACUUCUUACUUGGUCGGUCCUAUUGGGAAGGCUUACAUGAUCAAGGAUAGGAAGCAUGUGAGUGCGUGGUGGGAUAAGAUUAGCAGCCGUCCUGCGUGGAAGGAGGUUUCUGAGAAGUAUGCAUUGCCGGUUUAAAGGGAAGAUCAAAGAUAUAUGGUUUGUUUGUGUUCUUGUGAUGUUUGUUGAGCUUUCUGUGUACUGUGUGUGACUGUGAGUUGUCUCUGUUUCAGGUUCGAUGUCUUUUGGUUUUAAUAAUAAAACAGAACUCUGCCUCUCUUGUGUUA